AUGUCUGAGAUCAACAAAAAGCUACCAGAAUUACUGCAGGAUGCGGUUCUAAAGGCAUCUGUCCCAGUGCCAGAAGAUUUUGUCGAGGUUCACGGUAUAGAUUAUUCAAAGCCGGAAGCUACCGACAUGCGUGCUUCAGACUUGGUUAACUCUAUGAAAGUGAUGGGGUUCCAGGCAAGCAAUCUAGGUAAAGCAUGUGAUAUCAUUGACAAUAUGAGAUCCUGGAGAGGUGAGCACAAGGACAAACUUCAGUCCCAUCAGCAAAAGGGUUCUUUUGACGAUGAUGGUUACCAAAAGACCACAAUUUUCAUGGGGUACACUUCCAACUUGAUCAGUUCUGGUGUUAGGGAAACCUUGAGAUAUUUGGUUCAACAUAAAAUGGUGGACGCUCUUGUAACCACUGCAGGUGGUAUUGAGGAAGAUAUUAUUAAAUGUUUGGCGCCUACCUAUAUGGGUGAAUUUUCCUUGAAGGGUAGCAAGCUACGUGACGAAGGUAUGAACAGAAUUGGUAAUCUGCUGGUGCCAAAUGACAACUAUUGUAAGUUUGAGGAGUGGAUCGUUCCAAUUUUGGACACGAUGCUAGAAGAACAAGAAGAGUACGUCAAGAAGAACGGUGCCGGCUGCUUGGAUGCUAACCAUGAUGUUGAAUCUCCAAUUUGGACUCCUUCCAAAUUGAUUAACAGAUUAGGUAAAGAAAUUAACGACGAAUCCUCUGUUAUCUACUGGGCGCACAAAAACAACAUUCCAAUCUUUUGCCCUUCUAUCACUGAUGGGUCUAUCGGUGACAUGUUGUUCUUCCACACCUUCAAAGCUUCUCCAAAGCAAUUGAGACUAGACAUUGUAUCUGACAUCCGUAAAAUAAACUCGAUGUCCAUGGAGGCGUCUAAGGCCGGUAUGUUGAUUUUGGGUGGUGGUUUAAUCAAGCACCACAUCGCCAACGCCUGCUUGAUGAGGAACGGUGCUGACUUUGCGGUGUACAUCAACACUGCCCAAGAAUAUGAUGGGUCAGACGCCGGUGCUAGACCAGAUGAAGCAGUUUCCUGGGGUAAGAUCAAGGCUGACGCUAGCUCAGUUAAACUGUACGCUGAAGUCUCCCUAGUUCUUCCAUUAAUCGUUGCUGCCACUUUUGCGUCUGGCAAAAAACUGGCCAAAACCCACGACUAA